AUGGAUCUCACGGCAGCAAACUUCGCCAACUACCUGCCCUGGGUGCUGCAUGAGCUGUCUUCCUGUUGCUUCGUCGCUCUCGACCUCGAGAUGUCUGGAAUCGCCCUGUCUGUCAGGAAUCAGGGUUUCAAGACUCUACAGAAGCACUAUGAAAACAACAAAGCCGCAGCGGAAAAAUACCAGGUGCUGCAGGUGGGCUUGACAGUUUGCCAUGAAGACAAAAAGAACGCAAGCUAUGUCCUCCGACCCUACAACGUUGACCUCAACCCGAUUCUAGACCGAAAUCUGGAUGUCAAUCGUGACUGCACUUUCAUGGGUUGGUCGAUGGAAUUCCUCAUAGGUAACAAGUUUGACGUGAGCGCUAUUUUUCGCCAGGGUGUGCGCUAUUUGUCCCGAGAGGAAGAGAUCGAAGCUCGGGACCAAGCCGCUAGGAGAUGGGCCCCUCGGGACCCCCUUGAGGACGCACAGCUCAGCAACGAGGAAACGGUGGGGUUCCUGCAGGCUGUGCGUCGUGAGAUAGACAACUGGAUAGCCAGAGGCGCGACACGCAGCGCGUAUCUCAACAUCCCUCCACAAACGACCAGUCAGAGAAAACCCCAUCAGACUUUGCCCAGCCAGCUGAACAACAUGCAGAAGUGGCUUGUCCACCACUUGGUCGAAACUGAGUACCCGAAUAUCAAGUCACGAGGCAUGCCUACUUUCGUUCAAGUCGAGCAACACAAUCGCGAGAACAUGGCGUUUGAUGAAAGAAUGAAAGAGAGUAACCUCCGAAUUCGAAAACACGUGGGAUUUCGAUGGAUCGCAGAGGCUCUGGCCGGCGGAGAUCUGUCAGACCUAGAGCCAACGACAUUCAAAGCCCUCAUGCCAAACAUUGAGAACCCAUCCUUCACGGUGAAAGAACUCUCGGAUCGGCUGAAGAAGCGCCUCUUGGAAAAUCAGCCUAUUUUGAUCGGUCACAACAGCUUUACCGACAUGGUCUUCUUCUACAGUUGUUUUCUGGGCCCUCUGCCCGACACGGUAGAGGAGUUCACAUUCUUGAUUCACCAGACAUUCCCUAUGCUGAUUGACACCAAGUAUUUGGCUACCCAUGAUUGUGACGCCAUGAACGCAGCAUCCUCCCUGGAGGAGUUGAACAAGACACUGGCGAAGAUCUCGAGCCCCAAGAUCGAUGUCGACAGUAUCCACUCCAAGUACCUGUACAGGAGAAGCGCCCACGAAGCAGGUUAUGACAGUAUGCUGACCGCGAUUGCUUUCAUUAAGCUGUCCGUCCAGCUACAGCGAGGAAAAUUCCCCAAGGGGAAAAGGGGGCGCCUCGAGGACAUGGUCAUUGGGCUUGCCAACAACCCACUUCCCACCAGUGCGGUGCUGGAACUGUUUCCAAGCAGUGUGCCAAGUGCCUCAGAACAUCGAUUCCGAGACUUCUUUGAUACGGAGGACGAAGAAGGGGAGGCAGAGGAGAAGCCUCCUAUGCCAGCGGCACCACCUGGGGCGGUGUCACCCAUCCCUCUCGCCAACACCGGAUCGGAGGAAGUCGACACCAUGGUCCGCCAUGGCCUGUUGAUUCCCCGGUUGGAUAGUGAGUUCUGGCGCGUUUACGGGAAUAGGUUGCGAGUAUUCGGCACGAAGGAGAAGGUGGUAUACUUUGGAGAGGACGGCGGGGCGAACGAGAGAAUCGAAAUGCAGCACUGGCUCGGUCAGGACUGA